UGCGAACAAUAAGUUAUGCGUUACUCUGAUGGGUGUACUAGGGUUACAACUGGCAACGACGCUAGUGGCUGCAAGUGUUCUGUCGAAAGUCCUUUCUUUCUUCUCGUUUACACGUUUCUUAAUUACGGGUCUCACGCGAUACGCCGUACCAACAGAUCAACAACUUCUAGAAGCUAGUGGGAACUGUAAAAUAAAGAUCAAAGGAAAAAGAAAGAGAAAUGACUUACUUUCUGGAUCCCCCAAUGGAACAACUUGUCACUCUGAUACUUUCUAUUUUCCCCGCUCUACAACCAUUCAUCUGAAGCAAUCACAUGUAUCUACUUCUGAUAUCGCCAUUUUACCAUUAUAUUCUAGUCACCAAUGGCUAGUCGACUUCACCGUUUGUGCUUCUUGUGUAUAUUUAAUUAACGAAGUAGCCUAUAAUUGUAUCAUCCCAUGGUAUGAGGGUUUUGACCGAAAUCAAACAAAACUAUCACGUGCCAGUACAAAACAAGAUUCUUCUUAUUCCAUAUCUCUCAAUGUACGUAUCAAUUUAAGUCUAGUUUGGAUGACUUUAAGUCUUUGGUUCACCAUUCGCACUCUCGUUUCCUUAACAGCAAUAUACUUUCAAUCUAAAAAUAAUGCCACAAAAAUCGAAUCUCAAUCUUCUAAAUUCACUACAAAUACAGCACUUACAAACAAACCUUCAGGUGAAUGUAUACUCAUCCUUGCAGCUGGCUUUUUCUUCCUUGUUGCUGCAACUUUAUUUCUUUCCCUUGAUGGGACGUUGGUUGACUUUGGUCUUCAAGCUGCUUACGGGAAUUUGACUUUUGGAGAAUUCUCAUCUUCUAAAUCUCCAAUUAUCAGUUGGGGUGCAUUUAAUUUCAUUCUAGCUGUUAUAGCCUGUAUAAUUGGUUCACUGUUUGUUUAUCCAGGAAUAAAAUUUGGGAAGAUAUACUUAGACACAGUUAAACAAUGUCCAAUGUCAGUAAUCAAACGUAUCAUACUACAUCUGAAUUUCAUUUGUCCAAUAAUUCCUAUUUUACUUUGGUUUAUUCCAAUCACUGAUCAUAUUUCUAAUUCAUUGAUUACGCUGACGCAUAGUAAUUCAUUGACUGGCAAACCUUUUCUCAUCAUAAUUAUCAACUUUAUGUCUAAUCUAUUCAUGAAACAUUUGGAUAGUAUUCGACUAAUUGUAUCUUUGUCAGUUGUACUCUUUCGUCUUUCCACUGUUCGUUGGACAUUACAAGCUUAUUUAAAUUCUGCCCAAGAUAAACUGGAUAAAUUUACCCAUGAAGCAGGACAAACUUCGAAUAAAGAAGUACAACGAUUAGUUGCAAGUAUAUUUUAUUGUUUGAACCUAGUCGCUUUACAGUAUAUUUCACCUUGUUUUCUUCUCUUAUGUCUUUUAUGCUUAUAUAAAAAUUUAUCAGGUCUAUCAUGGUUACCUUAUGAUUAUCAUCAACAACAAUAUCUAUAUUCUUCUGAUACAUUAAAUGUAUUACCAUCUUUUGUAUCGAAUAUUCAAAAUAAUUUUACAAAUUAUUUUUUAAUUGAUUUCAUGAAUCAAAAUAAUUUCACUUCAUGGUCAACUUUAUUUAUUCAAGCUAGAUAUAUCUUUAGUCAAAUUUUAGAUCAUUUCUUAUUUCAUGGAAUGAUUAUUUCACGUGGUAUAUUUGGAUUUUUAGUAUGGUGGACGAUUACUAGUUGGCAGUUGAUGUGUUUUUUAGGUUUAGCUUAUCAUCGAUUUGCAAAUGAAUAGGAAUUACAGUGAAAUUAGACUUAUUCUCUGUCAAAUUAAUUGAAAUAUCUUUUAUUUUUAUUUUUUAAUUUAGACCAAUUAAUCAACUUUACUUCUUAUAUUGUAAUUUAAUUUUAGUAUUAUUAUUAUUAUUAUUAUUAU